AAAUCAUUGGAAUUGUGGACAUAGUCAUUUGGCGAAUAAAGGUCGUUUGACUGCACCGGUUGACAGGCCUCUCAAUUUUGUGCUUACGCGCGUAGCGGUGUAGUUGACUGUUUAGUUAGUUGAAGCGGGGCAAGAAUUUUCAGGAGGCAAGAAUUUUAGUAAACGAUUAACCAAUUACGCUCAACAAAUUUAGUAAGACUGUUUAGUUGAAGCGGGGCAAGAAUUUUCAGGAGGGACGGGAAAAGGGGAAAAGUCAUUUCAAGUUAACAACUUGAAGAAGUUUGCCGGCUAACGACAUCUCUCUUUUUGGUAUGCGUAUACUUUAGUGGGGUGAUCAGCUUGGAUCCGAAGUAAACAAGCUGACCAGUUUUUGAAAUCUGUGUUUCUUUCAAUUGGGGUCGUAAUGGACAAGCGACAUUCGAAGCGUUGGGAAAGGUCAUCCCCAGCUCAAAGGCAUCUUGAUUCUCGGUUCAAUAGACUUUCAAUUGAAUCGGAAAGGCCCUCCUCCAGUCGAGGGCAAUUUGUUCCUCGGCACAAUAGGCAUUCCGAUGAUUCUCAGAGACCAUCUCCAGCUCUGAACAAUACAUGUUCUAUGUGGAGAUCGCCAAGACAUGAAGUGCAACGUACUAACAAUAUUGCAUACCCAGAAGGCGCAGUUCGCAGAUGUUUUGCAACAGGUUUGGAAAAUGAUGAUCAGUUUCCUUCUUCUGUAUGUCUUAAGAGGAUUUCUUUGGAACCCACCCAGAAAACUGGAAGACAAUUAGUUUUAGUGAACAGUCGUCUGACUAAAGAUAAGGAUGAACAGGGAGGGAGUGUAUCCAGAAGGUCGUGGGAAUAUGUUGCAGAAAAGGUAUGGCCAGAUUUACUGUCUUGUUUAGAAAAUAUCAGGAAGAAAAUGAAGCGUCAAGACGUGGAGGAAGUCUAUCCAAAAUUGGUUGCUAGAUUUGGCAAAAAUGUUUUUCGUGGGAAUGCUUUAAGGUGGUUUGACAAUGUCAGAAAAGCUCAGCUUUCUGAGACCACUUUGGGUGAAUCCUUUAAAUAUUUUCACGCAAAUGUUCCUACGUCUUACACUGAAAAACUUGUAAGUGAAGCUGUACCAAAACUUGGACUUGAUUUUAUAGAGAUGAAGGAUAUAUACCAUGUCAGGUUAUGUGACAGCACACUGGAAGAUUCAUUUAUAUCAUGCAAAUGUACUUUAAACAAUGAUAAAAAGCUUGAGCUCUAUAAGAUCAAACUAAUUAACCGAAUUCGUCACAUGUUGAUAAAUAUAUCAUGCCUUGAUAAGGAUGUUGAUUUAAGGUUGUUGCUUAGCGGCAAGAGGAUCUUAACAGCAUUGACUGAUAGUGUAACGGGAACGAUUAGCAAUCUGAUUAAUUCAGCAGUUGUGGAUCCGGAGAAGAAGGGUGGAUUCAGAUGGCCCCAGACAGCGUUUUCUCAGAGUAGUAGAUACAGGGUUGUUGCGAUUUGGCACACAAUAUCUGAAGUUUAUGCAACCCCAUCGUUGAUCCUCAACAUAAGAAGUGCUCGUCGAUAUAACUUUGACACUGCAACUGAGGAAGCAACAAGGGAGGUUAAUCUGAAAUUUAAGGGAAUAAUUUCAGAAUUACUGGCUCAGAAGUGUGAAAGCGAUUCAAUCUAUAAUAUGUUUAAGGACACCUUAGAGAUGAUAUGGGAACAUUUCCUGUGUUGUGAGCAGUUCUUGGCAACUGAUAAUGCUGAAGAAGUGGGUGGAGAGAAAUGUAAGGAGAAAGAAUUGGUACCAAAACAGAUAUAUCGAGCAAAGGUUAAAAGAGAAGAAGAUUGCUUGAUAAAUGAGGAUGUCAAUGCCAAAUGUUAGAUGCUUUAUGCUUUCUGCUUCCACCUAGCCUAUGUAAACAACCUAGAUAACAUAGAUAUCAACCUGGACAGUUGAUUUUGCUAGGGUUACUGUAAUGGCUGAAAAUACUGUCAAUUUUGAUAUGAAUUAUCCUUAAUUCAA